UGUUUGAUCCUGACUUCUAUGAUCCUCCCCUCUUCCAGUGUCCCCAUCUUAUCUCCUGAUAAGACAUAUCGUGUGGAUUCACUCUGUACAUGCUCAAUUUGGUGUGUAUUGCUAGAGAGAGUGCAUGUGAUCAGCACAGGGCCAAUCAGCACUGUCCAGACAGAGUUCAGGGGUUCUGCAUCCUCCUAGAGUAAAAUGAAAACUCCUUCUACAAGCUUUAACAUGUGCUAGACUGAACACUGAUAGAAGUCACAAGACUGCUCUAACUGCUGAUGAAAAAAUGUGUUUAGCAAUUUAUAUUUACUAA